AUGGUACCAGAACCAUUACCUUUGGUAGAUGUUAAAGUAUCUGAUAUCCAAUCAAUUGCAAAGAUUAUUGUUGUUCCAGAGGUAUUAGCGGCUGUGAUCCAACAGUUUCCUUUCAAGAAGACCGUAGGUACGAUUUUAAUAUCGUACCCUGACCAACAUAAAGAGUCCUCCUCCCAGCAAAACCAAGAGUUUGAUGAAGAUGAACAGUUAUAUGGAGCAAUGAACUAUAAGCAGAAAUAUCCUACUACAGAAAUUCCUAUACAAGAAUUAGUCCCAGGAACAUUGGCUAUAGUGGUGCCCCAUUUCAGUCAUAUCAUUGUGAAUAAUGUUCUUGCUCAACAGUUGACGAACACCCUUAGUACAUCCAUAUGGAUUACGCUUGCUCCCUGUGCCCUUGAGAACUUAAUAAGUUGUAGUAAACUAUCACUCAACUUGGCCUCUUACGAUGGCGGUUUGCCAAAGACAGUGGCACUGAUUCCCAACUUGGGCCCUCCACAUUGUUUCACCGGUAUAUCUGCAGCAAUUAACUCGUUGGUUACUGAGUGUCCAUUGAUUUCCAUUGCACUUAAUGCCGAGGGUCAACCUGGGUUUGAAAAGGUCACCAACUCUAUUCAACUUGAAGCAGCAAAGAUCAUUGGAAGUUUUGCUUACGAUGAUAACGAGAAUUUACAAGCUCAUUAUGCUAAAAACCUUUCAACCAGAUUAAGAAAACUGAUGGCUAAUGAUGACUAUGGUAUGUAUUUGUGA